AUGUUCCCCGCCUUGCUGAGAUCGGUUGCUCGCAAAUCAGCGACUCAACGCCUUUCGCGGCUGUGGUCUUCCUUCUCAGUAAACGCGUCUUCCCUGCGAAUCGACGCACACAACGCUUCCUUCCCUUAUGUCUGGCUUCGCGACUCCUGCCAAUCCUCUGACUGCGUGCAUCCUUCCACAAGUCAGAAGCUCCAUCGCUCUUCGGAUAUCCCACUCGACAUCAAGCCCACCCCUGAUGGCGUGCAAUUGACGCCUGACGGUGGCGUCCGGGUUCAAUGGACAGACGGACACGAGUCUUUCUACGAUUCGGCCUUUCUUACACGCCAUUCUUCGGAAGGAAGGCUUGCGGAAUUCCACAAAGACAUCUCGCCCUCGUCCUGGGAUGCUUCCACGAUUUCGGCGAUCCCUGAGCUCUUUACCGAAUACGCCGCGUUGCGAACAGAAAAAGGGCACCUUGAUGCGAUCACUCAGUUGACGCGCUACGGACUUCUGUUCGUUCGGGGUGUUCCCCACGAAGAAACUGCGCACGAGACCUGUGAGUUGAGGGCGCUGGCGGAUUUCUUUGGACCCAUUCGCGAGACGUUCUAUGGCGGGACUUGGGACGUCAAGAAUGUAACGAACAGCAAGAACAUUGCGUACACCAAUCUCUUCCUUGGUUUGCAUAUGGAUUUGCUGUACAUGCAGCACCCACCCCGGUACCAGAUACUACACUGCCUUCGAAACCGCGUCAAAGGCGGGGAAUCUCUCUUCGUGGAUGCUCUGCACACGGCCAAUAUCAUGAGGACCAGCCAUCCAGCUGCCUUUAAGACUCUGGCGUCCACCCCCGUCUCCUUUCACUACAUCAACGAUGGUCAUCACCUUCACUACGAGCAUCCCACCAUCGAGCUUGGUGGUCUUCCUACUGCCUCUUUAGACGAGCGCCCUGUCAGCCACAUAAAUUACUCCCCGCCAUUUCAAGCGCCUCUUCCCCUGCACUCAACACCACUAGAAUUCUACCCCGCUUUGAAGCAAUUCGCUAACCUGCUCGACGAUCCACAGUACGAAUACAGGUAUUUGCUGAAGGAAGGCGACGCAGUGUUAUUCGACAACAGAAGAGUGCUCCAUGCGAGAAUGUCGUUUGAAGAUACCGAAGGCAAGGAAGGACAGACAAACCGAUGGCUAAAGGGCUGCUAUCUCGAAGCCGACGCUAUGCUAGACCAGGCCCGCGUUUUACGCACUAAGCUGGGGCAGCAAAAGUAA